GCCCGCUUCCCGACCUCUGCCCUACGGUGCCCCCAGCCGCCUCCGGGUCCCUCACGUGCAUCCCGGGCCGUCACGUGACGGACGGCCGCGCCCCACCCCUUCUCUCGCGGGGCGGGGCGAGUGUCACCUCCUGCCCUGCCCUGGUGCCGCGCCUUCAUGGCAACCAUGAUGCUGGCGAGCCUGUGGGCCUGCGUGUACAGCCGCUUCCUGCGUGGCUGGCUGAAGUGGGCGCUGAGGCUGCUCACCGGGAGAUGCGAACUGCAGCGCAUCUGCGGCGGCGCCAGGGCCGGAGCGCGGAGGACGAGUGGGAUCGAGCACUCCUUGGAAUUAUCAAAGAACAAGGUGUUAAGAAAUGCAGUAUAUGUGGGUGAAGAUGAAGUGGAAAAAUGUGUCGCUGAUGUAAUGAAAGAAAAGAAGAUUACUGAACAGAAGAAUAAAGAGUUUAAGACAAACUUGCAGGUAUGUUUGCUGCAGAUAUCUGGUUAUAAGCAACUUUAUUUGGAUGUGGAAAAUCUAAGGAAAGUUCCAUAUGAUUCAGAUAACGAAGAACAUGAAGAGAAACUAAUCAAGCUCUGGAAUUUGCUGAUGCCUCAUGAAAAUCUGAAGGCUAGAAUCACCAAGCAGUGGUGUAACAUUGGUUUCCAAGGUGAUGAUCCCAAAACAGACUUCAGAGGAAUGGGCCUGCUGGGAUUGGUCAACCUUGUGUAUUUUAGUAAACAUUAUACCAGUGAAGCUCAUCAGAUCCUUUCCCAUUCAAAUCAUCCCAAAUUGGGGUAUUCCUAUGCAAUAGUUGGAAUCAAUCUGACAGAAAUGGCUUAUAGCUUACUGAAGAGUGGUGCUUUAAAGUCUCAUUUCUACAAUGCAGUCCCUGGAUUGCCAAAUAUAGAACACUUCCACCAGUUUUAUUACCUUUUGCAGCUGCAGUCCAUAUCUUGUGACAGUGAUAAGAACUUAACUUCAGCCAUGUUUACUUUAAGACCAAGAAAGUAUUUUUACAUGAAGGGGGUGCAGCUUUGGCUUGUCUCCAGAUUUUUUUUGGCAUUCCCAGACAAUCUGGUCCAUAGGAUUUCAUACCUAUAACAGUUUUAAUCACCCUUGAUUACAAUAGGCUUGGUAAGCUCACUAUCUAAAUAAAGUGCCUUCUGCUUAAUUCAAUCACUGUUUAAUUUGGUCUUCUCUAAGUUGAUCAGAGCCUUAGAAACCCAAUUUCUAUUGGGGUUGAGACUAUAUCUCAUUAAAGAGCACGUAGUGGGUGCUGCCAUAAUACAGACUCAUUUAUAUAUAAACACAAACUUUCAUGUUUUAUUAUCUCAAAUAGAUAUAAUAUGCCAGCUUGAUCACUGGUUGUUUUUUUUUCCUUCAAAUAUAUUCUUCCUAAAAUACAUUCCUGAAUAAAAGAAGCAGAGAGAUGGAGAGCUGUGUGCUAAAAGAAAUUUGAAUAGUAUUUAGUUAUUAGCAGUACAAAAUAAUUCAAUUUGGCAAAACAUUUUUUAAAUGUAAGCUUUGUCCCAGCGUGUUGCAUGCUUCCGGAAAGGAGUGCAUGCAGUAUUACAGUAAUCAGAAUUAUGUAUAGGUAUAAAGUAGCAGAACUAAGUAUUCCCUGAUUGGGUUUGUAGGCAAAAAUAAGUUUUACUGGUAUUUAAAUUUUCUUAUAAUGGCAAAUAACUGUACAAGUAGUAAUUUUAAAAUGUUGUCUUACACACACACACACACACACACACACACCUGACAGCUUAACGCCUUGCUUUUGAAAAAAAAAUCUGAUCACCAAAUAAGCAGUACAUUUUGAACCAUUGUAAUUAAAAAUCAGCUCUGUUUACCCUUUUAAGUCAUAAACUUGAAAGCACCUAACACUGUAUAGUGGGGCUUGAAAAUUUACCAGAUAUUGGUUAAUAGGACAACUUAAUUUACUACAUAAGAUACAUGCAGAAUAGUAAGGAUGGAGGGAAAGUCACUAGUAAAAAGCCUAAUUCUAUUCCCUCAGGUGCUUGAAAUCUUUUUAAUGGUCCUUAUAAGUGUAGAGGCUGAAUGCCUCUGAUGGUUUUGCGAUUCUUACUCUGCAUAGGGGGUCACCUAUAUCAUGUCUCUCUUUUGGCAGUAGGCUGCUUUGUAAAUUGAAAAGUCCCCUCACUACACCCAGUGAAGUGAGUAUGGAGAGGUGGGUCUCUAGUACUCUGAUCCUUUCUCAACCUGAUUGCUAGGGGAUGAAGCAUCCAUUCUUCCUGCCCCCUGACCCUUCACUGGUUCUUCUCCCUAACACCACAUGGCCAUUCCCUGCCUCUGCUGUUGCUCAUGGUUUUCCUCAGCAGUAGUAUGAAACCAAAAGGACUUCUGGAUUUCACUAAUGAAAAAGAAAGGAAGCUACUGAAUUAUACGUACUGGAUAGCAGCAAGACAAUUGGCUAUACUCUUGUUAAAAUUGAUCUGUUACUGGUUGACAAAAAACAAGUAACAGCGAUAACAGAGGUGCUGGAGCCAUCUCUCUGUAGAUUGGAGCAAUCCAGUUUGGUUUAUUUAAUCUGGAAGAUUGUUUUUGUAAUCAUAAUGACCACACAUUUAAUAGGGAAAAAUAUAAUGGAAUUUUAAAUUCCAUACAAAUAGGCUUCUCCAGUCAUCAAGAAAAGCAUCCUAUUUACAGUUGCUGAAAGACUUUUUUCAAGGCUCAUCAAAUAUAAUUUCAUUUCAUUUUGGAAACCUUAACUCUGAACUAAUAUACAUUUUGGGAUAGAAUAUACACUCUGACCUAAGUCCACAAAUUUCCCUUCACUCUUUAAAAUCCAGAACAUAAAAUGAGAAUAUUAACAAUUAAUAAACUAAUAAGAACUAUAAUUAAACAUAGAAAAAUUAUGUAGUUGGAUAUAUGGAAGUAUGUGUUAACAUGUAAUAAUUGUUUGAGUAUAUUCUGUUGAUUUGUAUGUAGUUUUGUACUGUUGUGAUCACUGUUCGUUUUUUUUUUUGUCAUUUUUUUUAUUUUCUAGAAACAUUUUAUCCAGUAGUACUGGAUUCCAUACAUUUCGUCACUAACUAGCGUAAUUAGUAACACAAAGGCAAAAAUAGGGUUUGGGGAGUAAGCAUUUGCUAGAGGCAAGAAUGUCUCCAGAUCUAAUCAAUGGGAUUUUACAUGAGCUACUGCAUUCAUAUGCUGAAAUGACAAUCCUAAAAUAACAGAAGUUACAGACUGGAAUUGAGGAAGGUACACCCUUUUGUAACUCAUUAGAGUCAAUGUACCCAGCAUUAAAAAAAAAAUUGUUAAUACUUUUGCUGCAAGUACUCUUACAAAUUAAAGCCUUGGUUAAAGUCUUUAUUUUUAUAACAUUAUUUAUGAAACCUUGGCUUUUAAAAUAUGUGCUAUUUUAUAUAGUUAAUAAUUAUAAAAAAUUAUCAAAUUGUUCAACCUGUUUUUUCUUUUAAAAUAUUUGUAACAUAUUUAGAAAGAUGCUAUUGGGUGACAUUUUUGCGAAGUCAUCCAGCGGAAAAUGUUUACCAAGUUUUCCCCCUUUGUUCAAAAUGUUUGAAACAGGGUACUACUGCUCCAUGAGCAAAUUAAACUUAUGCUAUUUAGAAGCUUGCCAUGAACAAAAGUGAAGCGUUUUUUUUGGUAUGAGGUGAGAAAUUCAAGAGGAAAAAAUUUAAAUUGAUAGGGAAAGGACUAAGAUUUAAGUCUGCCUUAGUUGCUAGGUAAUAUAGGGAACACAUCCUUUUAUUUAGAAAAACAUUUGUGUUUUCUACUGUAUAAUACAGGAGUCUGGAUUGUAUGAUGCAUUAUUGCUAGGGUACAACAGAGAAAGGGUCUUAGCUUUAGUAUUCCAGAUACAGGGGCAUGUUGAGCAUUUUAUCUCACUAGCAGUGAGCUUUCACUAAUCAGAAUGUUUAUGUUGGCUAAUUCAACAAGUCUGUUCCAAUAUAUGACUUGCAAAGCCUCUCCACUUAAACUUGUUAAAAAUGUUGUUAUAUGUAAGUUUGUUUAGUUGGGUUGAGUUCAGCAAGUUGUACUGUUCAGAAAUAUUGUUAGCUAAUGCAUGAUGAGAAACUGUAGACUCGGUUUGUCUGGUAUAAUCCUCUUUGUAAUGUUAUCAUACUGGGAUGAUAUAAAUUGAUGUUUCUUCUUGUAUCAAUGUAUGGCACUAGAAGUAGCAACAAGUAAAAAAAAUAGCUUGUGGGCUGUAACUUUUUACCACAUUGCACUGAGACAACUAUACAAUAACAAAAAUGUCAGCAUUUGACACACAAUAAAAGCAAUAAUGUAAAUGGUGAUGCCUGUGUGUUGGGGGAAUUGUUGCAAUGGUAGCAAAUAAAGAACAAAUUAUUCUCAAA